AUGAUAUCCAUUAUCUUCACCUCUCUCGGCGUCGCUGCGCUGUACCUCUACCAUGUCAACGCCGCCAUGAAACGGAUCCCCGAUCAGGCCCGCCAGUCCUCCCCGCAUCGCUGGACGGUCGACCAAGUCAAGGCAGCUUACAAGAAGGCCCUUGAUAAUCCCGUCGAUAUCACCGAUACUCUGCCUCCGAAGCAGUCGCGCCGUUAUAUCGUCGUGGGUGGAUCGGGUCUCGUGGGCGGCUGGAUCGUUUCACAUCUCCUCGCCCGCGGCGAGGAUCCCGCUUCAUUGCGAAUCCUAGAUCUUCUCCCACCAACACAAGACAUCCUCGACCGCGGCGUGACUUUUAUCAAGACCAAUAUCACCGACGAACUCGGGGUAUACACCGCCUUCGAGCAGCCAUGGCCAGAAACAGUCACCAAUCUCCCUCUAACCGUCUUCCACACCGCAGCGACCAUCCGUGCCUUCGAGCGUCUGGAGAUCUACCUCCCGCUAUGCACAAAUGUCAACGUGAACGGUACCAAAAACGUACUCAAUGCUUCCAAGAAAUGCGGCGCUACUUGCUUCGUCUCUACCUCGUCUGGCUCGGUGACCUUGCAUAAGCCGAGUUUCUGGAUUGCGCCGUGGGAGAAGCUGCCUCGCCGUGUGCUGCAGAUUCUCAGUGAUGAUGCGAAGUUGCCGGAGCGUCAUGAUGAGUUCUUUAGUAACUAUGCCGUGUCCAAGAUUGAAGCGGAGCGUCUUGUCUGCGCAGCCGAUGACCCGACUACUGGAUUCCGGACUGGCUGCAUCAGACCCGCGAAUGGAAUUUAUGGGAUUGGAAAUGAUACAAGCAACACGAUUACUGGUCUGUAUCUUCGCAAAGGUGGAGGUCCGACCUGGGUCCGCCCCAUAAUUCAAAGCUUCGUCAACGCCGAAAACGUCUCCCUAGCACACCUCCUCUACGAAGCCCGCAUCCUCAAACAAUCCAACCCCAACAUAAGCGGACAAUCCUUCGUCGUAACGGACCCCAACCCGGCAAUCUCAUUCAGCGACGUCUACACCCUCCUAACAACCCUUUCCUCCACACCCGUCUCCUUCCCAACCGUCCAGCCCCUGCCCCUUCUGCUACUAGCCUACGUAGUCGAGGCAUACAUCUACGUCCAGCACGCGAUGCUGCCGUGGCUUUUGCCCAAGGUGACGGGGGAUUUGGUGCAGAUUCAGCCGUCGCUGUUUGCUAUUUCGGAUGGGAUGUGUAAGGAGUUGGUUGAUUGGAAUGAGAAGGCUGAGGCGAAGAAGGUUGUGAUUGAGGAGGGGGUGGAUGUUAAGCUUGUUUCGCCGGCGAAGAAGUUGUGA